UGCGCCGCGCCGCCUCCCGCCAUCUUGGCCGGCGCAAAGUAAACAACGCGAACGCGGUCGGGAACUCUUAAGGAGGCGGGUGGGAGGCUUGCAGCCCGCGGCGGCCUGGUUGAGAGAAACGUGGCACCCCAUUCGCCUUACGUGGGACGCGGGAAGAGGAGGAGGCCGCGGGGCCUAGAUUAAGGCCGUCGCUUGGGGAGGAGGGGGACGUUGCCAUGGCGACUAGGAAAAGGGGCGGCGGCGCUCGAGGCCUUUCCUCAGGCCGCCGCUGCUGUCGGCGAGACCACCCUGGCAGCAUGAAGCGGACGCCGGCGGCGGCGGUGGUAGCAGAGCGAACGGGCGACGGCGAAGGCAAGCGACGGGAUCUUCCCGGGCCGGAUUGGGCCUCCUUGCUGCCGGAGGUGCUGCUGCGCGUCUUCCAGCACCUGCCGCUGCUGGACCGCGCGCGGGCCUCGCAAGUCUGCCGCGGCUGGCAGCGGGUUUUCCACCUGCCGGAGCUCUGGCGCCGCUUCGAGUUCGAGCUGGGCCAGCCCGGCGCCAGAGCCACCCACCCGGAGCUCAUCAAGCAGAUCCUCAAGCGACACGCCGGGCACCUGCAGUACGUCAGCUUCAAGGUGGAUAGCAGCAAGGAAUCGGCUGCGGCUGCUUGUGAUAUCUUAUCCCAGCUUGUGAAUUGUUCUUUAAAGACCCUCGGACUGAUUUCCACUGCUCGACCGAGUUUCAUGGAUUUACCAAAGUCACACUUCGUGUCAGCCUUAACUGUGGUGUUUGUAAACUCCAAAUCCCUUUCUUCACUCAAGAUAGACGGUACGCCAGUAGACGAUCCAUCUCUCAAGGUGUUGGUGGCUAACAACAGUGAUACCCUAAAACUCUUAAAAAUGAGCAGCUGUCCCCAUGUUUCUCCAGCAGGAAUCCUUUGUGUAGCUGACCAGUGCCAUGGCUUACGAGAGCUGGCCUUGAACUACCACUUGUUAAGCGAUGAGCUCCUUCUUGCUCUGUCGUCUGAAAAACAUGUCCGAUUGGAACAUUUGCGCAUUGACGUCGUCAGUGAGAACCCGGGACAGACGCACUUCCACACACUGGAGAAAAGCAGUUGGGAUGCUUUCCUCAGACAUUCCCCUAAAGUGAAUUUGGUUAUGUACUUUUUCUUGUACGAAGAAGAAUUUGAUCCCUUCUUCCGAUACGAAACUCCGGUCACCCAUCUUUAUUUUGGGAGAUCGGUCAGCAAAGAGGUCCUUGGACGGGUUGGAAUGACGUGUCCGCGACUGGUUGAACUGGUGGUGUGCGCCAACGGGCUACGGCCCCUGGAUGAAGAGUUGAUCUGCAUUGCUGAGCGUUGUAAGAACCUGUCAGCCAUUGGCCUCGGAGAAUGUGGUGUGUCCUGCAGUGCCUUUGUGGAGUUUGUGAAAAUGUGUGGUGGCCGCUUGUCUCAGCUGUCAAUCAUGGAAGAGGUCUUGAUCCCCGACCAGAAGUACAGCUUGGAGCAGAUUCAUUGGGAAGUGUCCAAGCAUCUCGGGAGAGUUUGGUUUCCAGACAUGAUGCCCACCUGGUAGAGCUAUUGGGGACAAGCCCUUAGCUUGGGCCAGCCUUGUGGCAGGUUCAUCAUAAUAAGCUUCUUCGUGAUCUUAGGAUCUUUCAAGCACUGUAGAAAAUCAGUCUACUCCUUAGUACUGGUUUCUAAAAUCGGGGUUUAAAAAGUGUCCAGGGAUGAACGAAACGUCUUCACAUGACUUUAUCAUUGGCCUAUUUUUGUCCUAACAAGAUGGAUGCUACCGUAUGUAGAUGUUGACAUGUGUUUACAUAUUCAGAGGCUGCAGUUCCAACUCUUGUUCUGUUACAUUACAGUAUUUUAGCCUGCCUCUUGGAAAUAUUACUGCAACUGACUUUGUAAAGGAGCAUAUAUCGCUUUAAUGAUGUAAUCCGGGAAGCUGCAGGCAUUAACCCAGGAUAUAUAACAAUGAAUUGCUUCAAGUGCAGAUUUAUAAUUCUAGAUCCCAAAACCAUAACUGUGGGUCGUUUGGUGUUUCCGUAACAUUAUAUAGAGCCCUGGGACAUGGUAGCUGGGGUAUCUUUGUCUGUGGAAAAUGUAAGUAUUUGCUGCUUAUUAAACCUCUCCAGAAAAUCUA